CUCACGGCAGUCUUUUGGCGGUCAAGAACGAGGCUUGAAACAAGGCAGGGAAAGACAGAAAGGUGCCGUCUUUUGGCGGUCAGUUAACCCGUUAAGGAGGGAAGCAGCGUACGAAGACCUGAGCCUUGGCAGAGAAGGCCUUUGUUGCACAGGCAAAUGGCGGGUGCGUGUCUGCUGUUGUCUCUGCUCGCCCUGACAAGCGUUGUUGUUCGUUUCCAGCAACCCUUUAUCAACCCAGCUGAGUCAGGCGAGGAGCGUCUUGCUGAAUUUCUCACAGACAGACACGACCAUCAGCACGGCAGCGAUGUUGACGCGAGGGACAGCACAGGUACUGAGAGAAAUCAGCGGCAUCCGAUUGCACUCAUUUCUCCCUGUUUAUUGUUGUUCUCGCUGAUUGGUGCAGGUGUGCUCAGCCGCAGCCAGGUGUGCUCAGCCGCAGCCAGGCGUUGUGCGAAUGCGAGAUAGCCAGGCUACGCGAGUCGGCGGUCCUCCAGCGCAUGGCUGCCUUGCAGGGCCUUCUUCAGAAGUCCCCCGUGUGUGGUGAAGGUGGAUACAGCUUCGCCAGCCUGUGUCUGGCUCUCUGCCAGGGAUUCGACGUGGGCGAAAAGGGCAUCACAGGCGGGGGAUGCCCACCGUACAGUGCCAACAAGUGAGUGAGCCUGCCCGCCCUCCCCAAUCAUCUGCCUGUCUGUGGUCUUGCACGUGUGUAUCUUCAGAAAUCUCGUGUUGCCACCUGCGAUUGAGCUGCGGCGCAUAUUGAGCAGCAAGAGGCCCCAGGAUGUCGCCUACCUGGGCCGCAUCAAGCCACGCGAGCCGCCUAAUCCCCUCAGCCCGUUCGAUCGCAAAGCAGCCGAUCACUUGGUCCCUCCCCCGACAAAUGCAUCGGUAUGGGAGGGACUCUCGGGGCUGUCCAAUCGCUCCUACGCUGUGAGGGGAGGAGAUGUCUAUCUGGUGGACAACGUCAUGCCAGAGGAGCUGCGCAACCUCACUACCAGCUUCUGUCGUGAUGGUGUCUGUCCUGCGGGCAGCCGGGGCGGCUCGCAGGCAGUUGACCAAGAGAACGAGAUAGCAACGAACGAGAUGGGGCCCUGCCCCGAAAGUAACAACAGGAGCUGCCACGAGCCUGAUCAUAGAAUACUCGUCCAUGACUCGAGACAAGCGCCCUUCAACAUGGUCGGGCGCUUGAUGACUGAGAAUGGGGGCUGUACUGGGAGCCUCGUGUUCGACAAAUACGUCUUGACGAACGCACAUUGUCUUUACACCAAGGAGUGUAAGAAGCAUAUUCAUACAAUUCUACCUCAUCUGUCUGUGAAUAUUUGUUUGUGCACGCAGACGGCCUUGCGAGUGAAAUUGUGUUUUGCCCGGGCUUUCAUGGCGGUGAGGUAUUCGACUGCGUUCGGGGAGUGGAACACAGGAUCUUAGCAGAGUACAUGUUCCAAGAAACCUUGUAAGUGGGGGCUGUCUGCAGUGUGCACGAGUGAUCAUGGCACGCUCUUUCCAUGUCUUCUUACAGUACAACCUUUGAUACUACCUUUGACUUUGCGCUAAUUGAGCUCGAGAGAAACUCGGUGGGCUCUUGGUUUGGGAUUCGCACGCUGUGCGGUGCAGUCAAAGGCGGUCUGCCGUAUAUCGGGUUGAGUGCAUCGACACGUUCACUUCCAUCGAAUCACACUGUGCGUUCAAUGCUUCUCACUGAUUGCAUCAAUGCAGGUAUCCGAGCGACCUGAACUCAAACGAAUACAGGUUGCCGGACCAGUGGCGCAUGCCCCCGUCCCACCAAGGCCCGGGUGGGCGCAACAGCAGCAUUCACUUCCCCGCAUGCAGACUCGACGGUUCGCAGACUGGAGUUGGUAUGUUUAACUUUUUGACACAUUGGGGCGACACAGGUGAGGCAAAUACAGCAGACGCAUACGUCACUACAUGAACGGCAUGCCGUGGUGUUGCCUAUCUGCAUCAUGCUUGUUUUUGUCAGCCCCUGGCAUGUCCGGCAGGAACGCAUGUUGCAGAAAGCGGUAUGUCUGUCUGUGCUUGCAUGUGAUGCUGUGUGUCUCUGUUUCUUCAGCGGCAUGUACGACACCAAUAGUGAAGGCGUCCCUUACAUCGUGGCGGUGCACUAGUCCCAGGAAUUACGCGACCGUCUUGACGACUGCCGUUGUGGAUGUGAUGACGGUGUGGCAUGGGCAAAUGGAAUGGGGUUGAUAUGCGACUGCACUAACGAUAGAAUGACGGAAUGCAGUAUGUGAGUGAAAGUCAGAUGAUGGCAUGUGUCUCUGUGUGUUUUCUUUCACCGUCGAGUUCACCGUGUGGCCGAUGGAUCAUUCAUAGUAGAAGAAAGGAGGGGGGGCCAGCUGUGACUGAGCGUGCAAUCAGGUCAUGCUGUGUCUCGUGUAGUCGGAAUGGAGGAGGGCCAGUCUUUUUCUUUCUUCCUUCCUUCCUUUCUUUCUUUCGCCAUGGUAGACAGACGAUGAAGUGUUCGUUGCAUUCCAUGACCCUCACACAAUAGAGCGGCGAGAAUGCUUUCGUGCGCGUUGUUGGUGUCAUGGUGCGUGUGUGUGGGGGGGGGGGGGGG